AUGAACUGGCAGGUCGGGUCCGAGCACCUCAAACCACAAGCUGCCAUGACGACGAUGACGACGUUGUCGAUGCCGGCUGCUGCUUGCUCUGGGGGAAAUGUCGCUGGCAAGGACACCUACUGGCCGGUGCUCGCAGAGCCCACCAUGCAACGUGGUAAGACCGGUUGGCUUUGCUGAUUGUGGCUCUCGAAUCCCAAUUCGAAUCAGGCCCCUUUAGGGUGGGAUACCACAGCCGGAGACGCUCGCUUGGGGCUUUCCACUUGCAGGGUCUGGAAAUUUCUCUGGCAUAUUUUUUGUCUCCCUUGUUGCCUCGCCUCGCCUCCUAGGCCCCCUAUCCCGCGCCAGGGCCAUGAGUCGCCUUCCUUGCA